AUGCAGAGACCUCUUCACCGGUCCCACUUGAAGGUCAGUGAACGCGACUGGGUGCCUCUCACGGUGAAUACCAAGCUGAGAGAAAACCCAGGAGACAAUCAGGGCAUAAAAGCUACAGGUCCCAGAGGAGGACGAGAGCCAGCAGGAGCACGUCACGUGGUUCUGGUUGUUGUGCACUUGAACCACGCACCUCUGGAGGACGCAGAUGAGAUGAGAGGAGCUCCCAGCGGCCGCUUCAGCGCUGACAGAUCGCUCCUGGAUCCAGUCCCUGCUCGCCCGCCUCUGACCCUCUGA